AACGCCACUCUGAAUGGCUACAAACACAAACCUAUGUGGCGUGGUAAAACUGUUCAAUGAAAUACCUCAUUUAGAUAAUUAUUAGUGGACCUUUAAAGUCUUUUAUCUUAAAAUAAGACUUUCAAUUAAAAUAAGAAUUUCUACCCAAGCUCUGUAAUGCGAAAUUGUCUUUUUUUUCACAGGAGGUGAGCUUUUAAAAAUCAGUAUCUUUUUCCUAAUGUGAGUUUUCCAAUAUAUUUUUAGAAUAGUUCAUAGUCACCCAAAAUGCCGACAAAUCAUUGUGCUGGACAAGCUGCUGUUAAACCAGAAUAUAUUAUCAAGACUGAGAAAGAAAAAGUAAUACCGUGUGACCCUUCCCCACAGGUCGAGAAAACAGAACAUGAAUCAAUCAGCAUUAAAACAUCAUCUCAGAACGAAACAACACCAGAGCCGAACAGCGUUGAAACAGCGCCUCCGAAAAAGAAAAGAAAAGGUCAGAAUAAAGCUCGACCCAGAACAGUUCCUAAAGUUGAAUCUGAAUUUCGUGUCUGUCCAACCAUACUUAGGAAUGAAGAAUGUAAGUUCGGGAGCAAUUGCAAGUUCACGCACGAUAUAGAAAAAUAUAUUCAGCAUAAACCCGCAGAUAUUGGACGUGAAUGUAUAAAUUACAGACUUACGGGUAAAUGUCGAUACGGUAUCGAGUGUAGGUACGGUUCGGAGCAUAUCUCGGAAGAUCAUAAAAACAUUAUCGACGAGGAAAGGUAUGCUUCGUACUGCGAGACUUUUUUUAACGAUAACACGUUAAAGAAAGAAACGAUGAUUGCGUUACGUAAGAAGCAAUACAAGUUUCUAAGAUCCGAAAAAUAUCUAUCUCGUUCUACUGUUGCUGUUAUUGAUAUUGCAGAUGAGAAAUCGAUAGGAGCUCUUACAGAUGAAGAUCUAAUCAAAUUAAGAAGCAAUGAAAAGAAAAAGAUUGACUUCAAAGAUAAAUUAUAUUUAGCACCACUGACAACUGUUGGUAAUUUACCUUUUCGACGAAUUUGUAAAAAACUGGGAGCUGAUAUAACUUGUGGCGAAAUGGCAAUGACUACGAAUUUACUUCAGGGCCAUCAAGGGGAGUGGGCGCUAACUAAGCGCCACGAAACGGAAGAUAUAUUUGGUGUUCAGAUUUGUGGAGGCUAUCCAGACACGAUGACAAAGGUCACUGAACUUUUAAAUAAUGAAUGUAAUAUAGAUUUUAUUGAUAUCAACAUGGGCUGUCCAAUCGAUCUUGUGUUUAAAAAGGGUCUUGGCAGCGCCUUAAUGGGAAGAUUAAAUAAACUGGAAACUGUUAUCAAAGGAAUGGUUGAGGUGUCAGACAUUCCAAUCACGAUAAAGAUGAGAACGGGGAUAUACGAAAACAAAUCAAUCGCCCACAAAGUCAUUCCAAUUAUAAAAGAGUGGGGUGUUGACUUAAUGACUCUUCAUGGUAGAUCACGUGAACAGAGAUACACCAGAGCCGCUGAUUGGUCCUACAUCAACGAAUGUGCCAAACUAGCAGACCCAGUCCCUUUUUUUGGGAACGGUGAUAUACUUUCAUAUGAAGAUGUGCUGGAAAGACGAGAAGCAACUGGUGUGAAUGGAGUGAUGAUUGCAAGAGGAGCGUUAAUAAAACCUUGGGUGUUUACUGAGAUCAAAGAACAAAGGCACUGGGAUAUAUCAUCGCAGGAAAGGUUUGACUUACUUAGAGAAUUCACUGACUACGGUUUACUGCACUGGGGAUCUGACCACAAAGGUGUAGAAAACACAAGAAGAUUUCUUCUCGAAUGGCUUUCCUUCUUACAUAGGUACAUCCCAGUCGGGUUGCUUGAAGUUGUCCCACAAAAGAUAAAUGAACGCCCGCCGCUGUAUUUUGGACGAAAUGAUUUAGAAACGUUAUUUGCAAGCAGAAAUGCUGAAGAUUGGGUGAAAAUAAGCGAAAUGUUGUUGGGUCCUGUACCGGAAAAUUUUUGUUUUUUACCAAAACAUAAAGCGAAUUCCUACAGCUGAUUGUAAUUAUAUUUUUGCGUCAAAAUAUACUCGCUUAAUAA